AUGGCUGCUCCUUCCGGUCCCGGUCCCGGUCAGGAACCGCCGGCGGGGAGGCAGUUGAGCUACCACCUCGCCGCUGCUGUGAGGAGCAUCAACUGGACGUAUGCCAUUUUCUGGUCCAUCUCCACCGGCCCAGCGGGAGUUCUGGCGUGGAAGGAAGGAUUCUACAAUGGCGAGAUAAAGACGAGAAAGAUGACCAGCUCAACCACGACGACGGAGCCGAGAAGCCAGCAACUGAGGGAGCUCUACGAGUCGCUCUUGUCCGGCGGCAACUCCGACCGCCGGGCAAGGCUCUCGCCGGAGGAUCUCGGCGACGCUGAGUGGUACUACACCAUAAGCAUGAGUUACACCUUCCGGCCUGGCCAAGGGUUGCCAGGCAAAAGCUUUGCGAGCAAUCAACACGUUUGGGUGUACAAUGCUCAAUCCGCAGAUACCAAAACUUUCGAGCGCGCGCUCUUAGCAAAGACCGUGCCUAUUAAGGUCAGCACACUACUUCCAUCACGCUUCCAUCAUUGCAUAUGCAUUGAUCUAUCACGUACAUGUGUUCCCUUCACAUCUCUCAUCUCAAGUUGGCUCGCAUUUUUCCAGACAGUCGUUUGCAUUCCCUUUAUGGGUGGUGUGCUCGAGCUCGGGACGUCGGAUCCGGUUUUGGAGGACUCGAACAUGGUGCAUCAGAUCGGCACAUCUUUCUGGGAGCUUCACUUACCAUCGUUCCCGGCAUGCUCGAAAUCAGAGGAGCCAUGCUCCAACCCAUCAUUAGCAAACGAAACCAGCGAGGCUGGCAUCAUGUUGGAAGACCUCGAUCACAACGCCAUUGAGGGGAUGAUCUCUGAGCUAAGGGAGGUCGAGUGCCUCUCUGACGUCAACCUUGAGUGCGUCACAAAGGAGAUGGAUGAGUUCCAAUUCCUCCUCGAGGGGCUGGACAGUUGUGCUCUCGAGGACAACUGGGUCAUGGACAGGUCCUUUGAGUUCAUUUCUUCCCCGCAAACGGUGUCGUCUAUGGACUACCCAUGCACGGAAGAUGUGAUCGUCACUUUAAGUAGCUCCGUUCAAGGUACUCGACCAUCCUGUUUUAUAGCCUGGAGGAGGUCACUGGAGUUGAAAGAUAUGGUUGUGCGGGUCACCGACACCGAGGAGUCACAGAAGUUGCUAAAGAAAAUUGUGGCUGGCGGUGCAUGGACGAACAAUGGUGAUGGUGGCAGUAUGGCAAGAGAUCGGGAAAGUAACAUCAAGAACCAUGUCAUAUCAGAGAGAAGGCGUCGCGAGAGGCUCAACGAGAUGUUCAUGGUUCUCAAGUCACUCGUCCCAUCCAUUCACAAGGUGGACAAAGCAUCAAUCCUCCUACAAACGAUAGCUUAUCUCAAGGAGCUGGAGCAAAGGGUAAAAGAGCUAGAAUCCAACAGAGCAACAAUAGAAUGGAGGCUCCAUGAUGUCGUAGGCGGGAAGAAGAAUGUCUCAGUUGGAUCCAAGAGGAAGGCAUUGGAAAGGGAGCAUAAUGAUGGCCAGAGCAACAUCGUCAAUGUGACCGAGAUGUAG